AUGCGCCUCCCCAUUAAACAGGCCACUGCUGCUCGCUGCAUCGCUAGAUCCUCCCCUUCAUCUUCCCUCCUCACACGCUCCUUUGUCACCACCAUGCCUGCAAAGAGCAAGACAUUCGAGAACCAGGACAAGCUCCCCCGCCUCCCCGUCCCGCCCCUCGACCAGUCCCUCCAGGGAUACAUCAAGUCGCUUGAACCCCUCGUCGAGGCAAAGCGGACUCGGCGCCAAGCUGCAGGAGCGUCUGAAGGACCUCGACCACAUUUCGGCCAACAACUGGCUCGACGACAACCUCUGGCUUGCUCUGGCUUACCACACGUGGCGCGCGCCCUCAUCGUCAACUCAAACUGGUGGCUCACCUUCAAGGAGGACCCGCGCAACCCCGCUCCCCCCGUCGCGCCCGGAGCGACGAACAAGACGGUCGUGCCCCUCGACCCGAAUCCGGCCAAGACGCUGCCGCCGGGCGCCCAGGGCGGCGGCCAGGCGUGGAUCGACGCCCACCCCAACAAGAAGGACUACUACUACCCCGUCAAGUACGAGGAUGUGACGCAGCGCGAGUGGAUCACCGAGUGGCAGGUGCGCCGUGCGGCGUGGCUCGUGAGCCGCUUUGCCGGCCUGCGCACCAUGGUGCAGAAGGAGGAGGUGCCGCCCGAGGCCUCGCGCCUGGGCCCGAUGUGCAUGAACCAGUACCGCAUGCUGUUCAACAUUUCGCGCAUCCCGCUGCCCAACUGCGACGCCUUCUCGGCGCAGGACAACGACGCGCGCCACGUGACGGUGCACAUUGCCGACUUUGUCUACUCUGUCGACGUGUUUGAAAAGGUGCCCAAGGGCGAGAUUGCGAACCCGCUGCCGGUCGGCGAGAUCGAGUCGCUUCUGCAGGCGGCUGUGGCCGAUGCCAAGUCGCGCGUCGAGAAGGGCGAGAAGCCCGCGCAGGUCGGCAUCCUGACGGCCGACGACCGCGACACCUGGGUCGUGAACCGGGAGCGCGUGCUGCUGCACUCGCCCAAGAACCGCGCGAGCAUGGACAUGAUUGACCGCUCCCUCAUCGGCCUUUCGCUCGACACGUACACCCUGCCGACGCUGCCGGCGCGCGACGACCCGCUGCGCAUGGCCCAGGUCGAUGCGCAGAUGCACAACGCGCAGGGCGGCCUGAAUGGCGGCGAGAACAGGUGGUUCGACAAGUGUCUCACGGUCGUGGUCGAGACCAACGGCCGCGCAGCGAUCAUGGGCGAGCACUCGCCCGUCGACGCGCUGAUCCCCUCGUACGUCGUCGACUAUGCGCUGAACGAGCCCGUCGACGACUCCAAGUUCACCGGGGGCAAGGCGGCCAAGCUCGGCGAGGGCUUCCAGCGGGAGGACUUUGAGAUCUCGCCCGAGAUUGCCGACGAGAUCGAGGCGUGCCGUGCGCGCAACCAGGCGAUCCUGGACGACAGCGACUGCCAGACGCUGUGGUGGGCCGAGUACGGCACGGACUGGAUCAAGAAGAACGGCAAGGUUGCGCCGGACGCGUUCGUGCAGCAGGUGCUGCAGCUGGCCUGGUUCCGCGACCAGGGCUACCCGGUCGCCACCUACGAAACCGCCUCGACGCGCUUCAUGAAGCACGGCCGUACCGACGUCAUCCGCUCUCUGUCGCCCGAGAGCCGCGCCUUUGUCAAGCUCAUGCAGGACAAGAACGCGUCCCAGAAGCAGCGGUACGACGCCCUCGUCGCCGCGACCAAGGAGCACUCCAAGCUCACCAUGGACUCGUCCUUUGGCAAGGGCUACGACCGGCACAUGAUGGGCCUCAAGGUCCAGCUGCGGCCCGGGGAGGCGCACCCCCUCUUCGACGACGAGCUGUACAGCAGCUCCCAGGCUUGGAAGCUGUCCACCUCGGGUCUCUCUUCCGGCAUUCAGUUCCACGCCACGGGCUUCGGCGCCCCCUUCGCCGACGGCUACGGCAUCAACUACAUGGCCGGCCCCAACCUUAUCAAGUUUGGCCUCGAGAGCAAGGUGUCCUGCGACACGUCGUCAACCACCAGGUUCAAGCACGAGAUCGUCCAGGCGUUCCGCGACAUGCGCGAGCUGUGCGAGGCGCAGACCGAUGCCCCCGCCAAGCUCUAA